GCAUUGACCAGCUCGGCGGCCCGGCCCGACCGAGCCUGCGCCAUUGUUGGAAGUGUUCCCGCCCUGCUCUGCGAGUGCCCUCAGUUGUCCUCUGUUUGGCCGCCAGAUCUGACGUAACAGUGUUAUUAGUGCAUUAAUUGGGAAAAGGUGGACUGGUCCAUGGCGCUGAAGUUCACGGAGAGAACAUGGUCCCUUCAUUACUGGGAACAACUACACUCGCUUGGGAACCACAGCAAGUGAAGUUUCCGUGUAAAACCCUGAUGUUUCUGCAGUUCUUGGAAAGAUAUGUCUUUGUGGAACUCUGCUCUUUCCAGAGACGGGAACAUAGAGGAAGAGAUUAUGGCUGCUGUGGUUUUUUCAGUUGGACCUCUGAUGACAUGGAGAGAAAGAUGCUUGACUGUGGAGAGCUAACCAUCUAAUUGAGAGUCCUGAAGCUACCCAGCCAGAUGAUGAGCUUCACCUUCAGGCAGCAGAACCAGAAUUGGUAAAGGUGUUUACAGCUAUAAAUUUCCCUCUAAGCACUGCUUUAGCUUCAUCUCAUACAUUUUGAUGCAUCAAUUGGUCUCAACCUACCUGGAACAAAGGAGAAUGAAGAACACCAAAGACACAAGGAAAAUAUGAGCCCAAGAGACAGAAAGGGCCACAUAAGCCAGAGACUCCAUCAGCCUGAGACCGGAAGAACUAGAUGGUGCCUGGCUACCACCAAUGACUGCCCUGACAGGGAACACAACACAGAAACCCUGAUGGAGCAGGAGAAAAGAAACAGUGACAUUUAAGGAUGUGGCUAUCGACUUUACAUUAGAGGAGUGGAGGCUGAUGGACCCUACACAGAGGAACCUGCACAAGGAUGUGAUGCUAGAGAAUUACAGGAAUCUGGUCUCCCUGGGGCUUGCAGUUUCCAAACCAGACAUGAUAUCUCAUUUGGAGGAUGGGAAAGGACCAUGGGUGGUAGUGAGAGAAAUUUCAAGAGCCCCAUAUCCAGAGUUGGAGACCAAACUAGCAGCCAAGGAUGCUGUAUUAGCAGAGAAUUUUUCUGAAGAAGACUUAUCACAGGGAACCAUAAUGGAAAAACUCAAAGAGAAUGGCCUAUGGGAUUUCAGUUUGGGAGGACCAUGGAAAUGGAAUGACAGAAUAUUGAGAUUGCAAAAUAAUCAGGAGAGUCAUUUGAAUCAAAGAAUAGUUACACAUAAGAACACUCCCACUGGUCAAAGAGCAUUUAAGUUUGGAUCUGUUCUUUUUCCAGAACCAGAAGUUAUCACAGAGGAAUCCCACAGCAAAUGCCAAACACAUGAGGACAGUUUCACAGAGAAUUUAAAUUUGAUUGUCGAUACCCAUUUGGAGAAGAAAAUCUGCAAGGAUACCGAAGGCAGCAAAGCCAUAAGGGAUAGUUCAGAACUUACUUUGGAAAAGAAAACUAAUUAUAAAGAAAAGCCCUAUAAAUGUAGUACAUGUGAAAAAGCCUUUCGCUAUAGGUCAUUACUCAUACAACACCAGAGGACUCACACUAAAGAAAAACCUUAUGAAUGUAAUGAAUGUGGGAAAAUGUUCAGCCAACCCUCUUAUCUUAGUCAACAUAAAAAGAUUCACACUGGAGAAAAGCCUUAUAAGUGUAAUGAAUGUGGAAAGGCCUUUAUUGCUUCUUCAUCUCUUAUGGUACAUCAGAGAAUUCAUACUAAAGAGAAACCUUAUCAAUGCAAUGUCUGUGGGAAAUCCUUUAGCCAGUGUGCUCGCCUCAAUCAGCACCAGAGAAUUCAAACUGGAGAGAAAUCCCAUAAAUGUAGUGAGUGCGGGAAAGCUUUUAGUGAUAAGUCAAAACUUGUAAGACAUCAGGAAACUCACACUGCAGAAAAACCCUACAAAUGCAGUGAUUGUGGAAAAGCCUUUAGAAAUAAGUCAUAUCUUAGUGUACAUCAGAAGACACAUACUGAAGAGAAACCAUAUAAAUGUAAUGAGUGUGGAAAAUCUUUCAAGAAUACCACAAUUUUUAAUGUUCAUCAGAGAAUUCAUACUGGAGAGAAACCCUUUAGAUGUAGUGAAUGUGGUAAAGCCUAUAGAAGUAACUCAAGCCUUAUUGUACAUAUAAGAACUCAUACUGGAGAAAAACCCUAUGAAUGUAAUGAAUGUGGGAAAGCAUUCAAUCGUAUAGCAAAUUUCACUGAGCAUCUGAGAAUUCAUACAGGAGAAAAACCCUAUAAAUGUAAUGAAUGUGGGAAAGCAUUCAUUAAUUAUUCAUGCCUUACUGUACAUCACAGAAUGCAUACAGGAGAGAAACCAUAUAAAUGUAUUGAAUGUGGAAAGGCCUUCAUGCGUUCUUCAUCUCUUAUUAUACAUCAGCGAAUUCAUACUGAAGAGAAACCUUAUCUAUGUAAUGAAUGUGGGGAAUCUUUCAGAAUAAAAUCACACUUAACCGUACAUCAGAGGAUUCAUACUGGAGAGAAGCCAUAUAAAUGCACUGACUGUGAGCGGGCAUUCACCAAAAUGGUAAAUCUCAAGGAGCAUCAGAAAAUUCAUACUGGAGUAAAACCCUAUAAUUGUUAUGAUUGUGGAAAAUCCUUUAGGACAAAAUCAUACCUUAUUGUACAUCAGAGGACCCAUACUGGAGAAAAACCGUAUAAAUGUAAUGAGUGUGAAAAAGCUUUCACGAAUACAUCACAGCUUACUGUGCAUCAAAGAAGGCAUACUGGUGAAAAACCCUAUAAAUGUAAUGAAUGUGGGAAAGUUUUCACGAGUAAUUCAGGCUUUAAUACCCAUCAGAGAACACAUACUGGAGAAAAACCAUUUAAAUGUAGUGACUGUGGGAAAGCAUUUAGCCAGAUGGUACAUGUCACAGAACAUCAGAAAAUACAUACUGGAGAAAAACCUUAUAAAUGUGAUGUUUGUGGAAAAGCCUUCAGGAGGGGUUCAUACCUUACAGUGCAUUGGAGAACACAUACUGGAGAAAAACCUUAUACGUGUAAGGAAUGUGGAAAAGGUUGUAUUACCUUAUCACAGCUAACUCUACAUCAGAGAAUUCAUACUGGGGAGAGACCCUAUAAAUGUGAAGAUUGUGGAAAAGCCUUCAGAACUAACUCAGACUUCACUGUACAUCUGAGGAUGCAUACCGGAGAAAAACCUUAUAAAUGUAAUGAAUGUGGAAAAGCCUUUAGGAGUAGCUCAAGCCUUACUGUACAUCAAAGAAUACACCAGAGAGAAGCUCAAUUAAUAUAGAGAAAAAUAAAUCAUUCAUCCAGAUGUCAACUCCACAAGAAGAAUCUUCUAAACUGUGUAUUUCAUGAAUGUGAGGAAAUUUUCAGGAGCAAUUCACCAAGAAAUAACAUUGAAGAGAUACUCUGCAAACAUAAUGAAUGUGGGAAAGCAUUUGAUCAAAUUAAAUCUUAGAGGUUAUAAAAAGAUUUAUGCUAGGAAAAAAAAUAAUGGACAAAUGAAAACCUUCAUCCAGAUUUCAUAAUUUAUUCAUUCAACAAAUUAUCUUCUAUGAAUUGCCUAUGAUUUUUUUUUGCUAUUUUUCUGUUAGUUUGCCUGUCUUCUUUUCUCAUCAGUCUGAAAAUGUUUCUCUGUUUUAGAUAUUAAUCUUUUGUCAUGUGUGUUGCAGAUGUUUUCCUUAAUCUAGAAUUUGACUUUAUACUUUUUUUAUUCAGCAAAAUAGGUCACAAAAUACAUUUACUAUGUAAAUUAAAAUAUUUAUUUUUUUCCUUUUCAUAUUCUUUACUCUUUUAGUAAAAAGUAUCUCUUUAAUCACUAGGUUAUACAUGUUGUUGUUAGUUGCUGUCGAGUUAGCUCCAAACUUAUAGUGACCCCGUGUAUAACAGAACAGAGUGUGGCCCAAUCCUGCGUCAUCUUCAGAAACAUUGGUAUGUUUGAACCCAUUGUUGCAGCUCUUGUGUCGAUCCAUCUCAUUUACUGACCAUCUGAUAUCCUUUUCUAGCAAUUCUUCUUUCCUGAUGACAUAUCCAAAGUAAGCAAGAGGAAGUCUCGCCAUCCUUGCUUCUAAGGAUCAUUCUGGCUAUACUUCCUCCAGGACUGAUUUGUUUAUUCUUCUAGCUAUUCUUCUCCAAGAGUAUGUGUAGUAUUCCUAAACUUCUAAGAUUUUGAUAGCUUUAUUUUGUACGUUGAUCUUUAAGUCAUCUGGACUGGAUGGGUAUUCAUGGAAAAGCAACUCCACAUUACCAUUAACACAUGAAAAGAUUCCCAACCUAAACAGUACUCAGGGAAAUGCAAAUUAAAACACCAAUGGAAUGUCACUUCCACCUCUUGAGUUGGCAAAAGUUAAGAGAUCUUUUGUCAGUGGAGUUUAAGGAACCAUGUACUCUUCCAGAAAGAUUGUACCAACUUAUAUUUUCACCAGAAAUCCAGGGAAAUAUAUUUUAAAAUUAUAAAUAUGCAUACCUUUUGACCCGGCAGAACCACUUCUGGGAAUUUGUCUCUUAAAAAUAAAAUCAUCAACACAUAAGAAUACAUAUAAAUAUGUUUAUUGAAAUAUUGCUCAUAGAGGGAAAAAAAUCUCUGGGAAAAAAGUGAAUGCAGAUCAAUAAGGUAAUGGUUGAAUGAAUUGUGAUGUGUCCAUAAUAUAGAAUAGAAUAGGAAUCACUUAAAAUAUGAGUUGGAGGCUAUACUGAUUGACUUCCAGGGAUUUUCAAUGUAUUGACGAAUAAUUGCUUUAUUACAAAGAUGUGUAAUAUAUAUGUGUAUAUACAAUAUUUCAUUUUUGUUAAAAUAAUAACCACUCCUAUAUAUGUGCAUAUGCGAUCAGAUGAGUAUGGAGACAGGUAUGGAAUAUACGCAAGGCUGUUAAUGUUGGUUACCUUGGUGAGAGGGAGGAAAUGGGACAUGAGGAAAUAAGAAAAAAAAUAAAAAGACUGAAAACAGAAAAAUGUAAGUGCAUCACAUAAUGGUAUAAAACUCUGUAAAAUUAUA